UUUGGGUUUGGGCUAACGUGGCUUUCCCGGGGCCCCUCACACCUGCAUCUUGCCCCCCUGAGCCCGGUUCUGGGUCCCUGCCCCCCAGCCCCAAACCAAACUGGUCCCAUUAAGCCCGUUGGGGAAGCUGCCCCCCCCCAUUACUCAUCUGCCUUGUUCCUUUAUUUCUAUGGCAAACCUCAUGUUCUGCCUCUGUUCCUGCCAUGGUUCAGAAAGGGAAACUGAGGCUUCUGUGGUUUUCUCGAGGUCCCAACAGUGGCUCUAGAAGGAGGCUUCUUCCCUCCCCCUGGCGGGGCCCCAGAGCACCCUGGGAGCCUCUCUCACUUGGGGCCGAGGCGGCCCCCAGGGCCCAGAGCGUUCUCCCCAGCCCCUCCCCAGCCGCCCCAGCCCCCCUCCAGCCCCCCCAGCCCCUCCUUUCUCAUGGCCUCCCUGCAGCUGCUGAGCCUCAGCAUGGGUGCCCUGACCGCCCUGGGCCGGUUCGGGGACCGUUUUGUCGUCCUGCUCGCCGUCUCCCCGGAGAAGGACCCGUACGGGCCCAUGCACCACUUGGCUUUCUCUCUGGGCAUCUUCCUGACCUUGCUGCUGACCCUCGGGGUUGUUCUGAGCAUCCUGGCCGUGGUUCGGGAAGCCAAGGGCCUCAUGGCUGGGGGCUUCCUUUCCUUCACCCUGGUGUUCCUGGUGGCCGUGCAGGUGACCUUCUGGAGGUACCGGGAGCCCUCCCAGGUGGAGGACACCAUGCUUGACACCUACGACCUGGCUUACGAACAGGCAACGCGGAACGUCUCGGACAUCUGGUGGCAGAAGCUGGUGGCCAUCCACGACACGUUUGGCUGUUGUGGAAAGAGCUCCCCUCUGAGCUGGCUGGGACAGGAGGAGAAGGACCUGUGCAAGGCGGUGCGGCAGAGAGCGGGCUGCCUCCGGGAGAUCAGCAGCUUCGUGAGGGAGCACCUGAGCUUGGUCAGCCUCCUGUUCGGCGUCACCCUGGCCUUCAUGGUACCCACCACCCCCGCUCAGCCCAAGACCCCCACCCCUCCCCCGGCCGGGCUGGGACCCCCUGAAGGAGGGAGAGCUGCUAAGUCCAAGAAACCGCGGGGGCUUCCCGAGCUCCAUCAGACCCAAGCCUGUGUGUUACAGACGGGGAGACUGAGGCCCCAGGGAGGGCCGUGACUGAGAGGGGGAGGGGCCUCCUGUAGGGGGUCCUGCCCAAGGAAGACCCCAUCUGGGAGCAGCAGAGGUCCCGGGCACUGCCCCUGCCCCCCCUGAACUACCUGGGGCUUC